AUGGCUGAUGAGAAAGUUGGGGAAGGGGCAGAGAAUGGAGCUUGCCAAACACCAGUAGUUAGUGCUAAUAAGGCAAAUGAUUGGCUAAUCUUUUUGCUGAGGCUGUUUGCCUUUUUUGCAACUGUAUCAGCCACAGUGGUGAUGGCCAUAAACAAGCAAACCUUAACAGUUGUUGUUGCCACUAUUGGAAGAACUCCAAUUCAGGCCAGUGUCACAGCCAAGUUUCAGCACACCCCAGCAUUUAUAUUCUUUGUGAUAGCUAAUGGUUUGGCAAGCAUUCAUAACUUGCUAAUGCUAAUAGUGGAGCUCAUAGGCCACAAGUUUGAUUUCAAGGGUCUCCGGUAUUUGCUGAUUCCGAUCCUAGACAUGCUGAACGUUGCUCUGGUGUCUGGUGGUACAAGUGCAGCAGUUUUCAUUGGUGAGCUUGCUCGAAAUGGAAAUUCUCAUGCAAAAUGGAACAAAAUCUGUGACAAGUUCAGCACUUAUUGUAAGCAUGGAGGUGGAGCCAUGAUUGCAUCUUCCAUAGGGCUAGUCCUCAUGAUCAUUGUCAAUGUUAUUUCUAUCACCAAACUUCGGAUUCAGAAGUGUCAGAACUACUCUAGACUUCCUUAA